AAAUAUAUCGAAUGGAGAAUAUAUGUGAUAUUUUUGUUGAAAUAAGAAGUUUUUAAUAUAAUUUAUCCAGUGGAAUUUUUAUCAUUAUAAUACUAAAUUGGAUUUUUUAGGGAUUUAAUAUUUAUUAACAGUUAUAAAGCCAAUUUCAAAAGGUGAGCUCUGCAUGAAUUAGUAAAACGCUUUGACCUUCCUUUGCAAAUAUAACAAAUUCAUAUGGUAAAUGUCAAAAUUUGAUGAUACAAUGAGUUAAUUUAAUCUUUAGACUAAUCUGUUAUCAGCCUUCCUGAAUGUCGAAAUCUGAUGCUAGAUUUUACAGAUUUAUUCAGUCGUUAAAUAUUAGAAAGUUUAAUAUCCGGCUACAUAAUAUUAACAUGGCCAUGGGCAAAUGCAGUUCAAGUGAUGUUUUAAAUUGCAAAUUUCAUGGUUCUACCGCUUAGUUUUUUAUUCUGAAGUAUUGAGUUUGGUUAAACAAUUAAUACUUGAACUUUUCAACUUUUAAAAGUUAAACGUUUGAUGAUAUUGAACAACAAAUGUGAAGAAUUCAGUUCAAAUGGAACAGGGCAAGGAACAGAGUCGAGCAUGCACUGCCACUGUUUAUAGAGACUGCAGCUCUAAGUAUUCUUAAUUGCAGUAAUAUGAGAAACUGUUAAGAAACUUGUCUACUACUUGUUAAAAGAAAAGUACUUCUUGAUCAGUCAACUGGAGCCAAACCAGGAAAGUUAAAAACCUUAAUUGACAUUACAUAAUAAAUAAUUGCUUUUGUUGUUUUUGUCUGUAGUAUAUUCAAGAUAGAAAAAAUUAUCAAAUAUUGAAGUCAAGGAUAUAGGCUGGAUAUAAACUGGAUGUAAAGUACCCAAUGUUGCGACUUUGUGUCGCUGGAAGCGGUGGAGUUGGCAAAAGCUCCCUAACUAUACGAUAUUUGAGAGAUGAGUUUACAGAGGUAUAUCUAUUUAAGAAUUUAUGUUCACAACCACAAUAUGGGGUGUUGAGGUUAGCCAUGUAGGAGGGGGGACAUUGGGAUUUACGGUAUGGCAGUAUUAGCUUAUUUUUCUUACGGUAUUUUGGUAUUUUCCUUGAAAAAUUGCGGUAUUAUGAUAUUGGAAAUCUUGCGGUACACGGUAUUUGCAAUUUUGGACUCAAAAACAGGGGCUAUUGACAAAAUUUGCUUGUGGUAUUACGGUAUUGAAUACCCCCAAUGUCCCCCUCAUGUAGCCGAGUAGUGUUGUAAUGAGUUGAGUCAUUGAACUGACUCAGACUCUACACGCUGCCAAGUGACUGAGUCAACUCAGCUACAGCUUGUUCACAAUAAAUUUAUCAGCAAUAUUAUGCUUGGAAAGUAAGAUGCAAGGCCAGAAAUACUUCUCAAUUCCGACCAUUAUUGUCACGAAAGACUAGGGUCACAUUUAUAGGAAAUAUUGGUGUAUCUUCGGCAUACAGUUACAGUAUCGAUAACUAGUGAAAUUGACCGAUUGUGCAACAAUUCAAAAUUACCAAUUAUCGAUGCCACAAUCUACCUGAUACCGAUUUUAUAAUGAUGUCAUAAUAUCAGUCGAUCGAAUAAAGGCGACGUCAUGUCAUUAACGAUUAUUUCCAACGUAACAUGUUACUGCAACCAAAGAUUGUUAAAACUGUUAAUUAAUAGCAUGCUUCACACUAGGGGUGCACCGGAACUCAAUUCCGGCCGGUUAGUUCUGGCCGCAAACCCGAUUUUUUAGAGUUCCGGUUUCGGCCGGAACUAGUAAAAAAAGCAUGGCCGGAACUGGAACUCUCACUGUCGUUUUCAGAGAGAUAGAAUAUCAAACAUUUUUGUGUCUAACAAAAGGUCACAGUAGGAAGAAAUUUGGACUAUGCAAGGGAAAUGUACACUAUUAAUAACACUUCAUUAUGACGUUUAACGCUUGUCAAUCUUUUUAUUCUAACAUUUGCAAGCUCUCUCCUUGAUGACUUGAAGUGUCUGCCUGUCUGGCAGCGGACAAAGUAACAUAUGACUAUAUAUGGCUUAAUAAAUUAGUUCCGGUUCCGGCCGGAACUUUUUUCCAGUUCCGGUCGGAUCCGGUUCCGGCUGGAACUUAAAAAACUGGUUCCGGUGCACCGGCCUACUUCACACAUUAAUUUAACAUAUUGCAUUAGAACGCAACGUGUAUCAAUGUGCAGUGCAUAUAAUUUUUAAAGUGCAUAUUUUCUCGACAAUUGGUUUUAGACAAUUGGAGACUAACGUCUCCACAUCUAACGUCUCUGCGUCUAACGUUUCUGGUCUGUCAUAAUCAGAUAUUUACGUACUCUGAAUCCAGUCAUCCACAUAUAUAUCUAUCUCUAUUAUUUUGUGUAGGGAUGAGAUUGAAUUCUUAUGCAAAAUUUACUUCCCUCAGGCCCAUGUCUUAUUACUUCACUCAAAUCAAGUUCAGCUGUUGUUAACUAAGUUGACUCAAAAUGAGCCGUUGACUUUACGCAAAUUCUGAGUGACUUGACUCAAUUUGUGAUUCAACCUUGGCUUGACUCAUACAUGUGACCAAGCCAAGCAAUGAAUCUGGUUUUACCAUUGACAUUUUCAGAGUUAACCAAGUCCUUAUAGGCUGAGGCAGUUUGAGGUUGGUGUUAGAUGGAGUGAAAUAAUAAAGUAGGGCACAGUGCAACUUAAUGGGUUAACAUGCUCAUGAGCUUGUUACGUACAGACAGGAUGCCUAUUUGAUCAUUUGCUAUUAACCAUUAAGAUGCAGAGCUUUCCCAUUGAUGAGUAAAAUCGUCUGGUGUUAGACAAGUAAAAAAAAUAAGUAGGGUGCAUUGCGGCGCCCAAUGGGUUAAACAACACUGCUAUAUGCUAUACCGGUACAUGAAUUGUUAGCAUGCCAUUAAUAUAAUUAUUCCUUAUGAAAAAAGUCUAGAGGUGGCCUAUUGGUGCCUACAUGUAUAGGAAAUGUUCCAAUUCCCUAUAGAAGCCUUUUAAGGCCACACCAGCUUAUAGAGCUCUAUAGGCUUAUUGGCAUCCCUAUAUAGGUCACCUAUAGAAAAUGUUCCAAUUGCCUAUAAAAACCUAUAGGUUUCCUAUCAGGCCAGGCCUAUACUGUAGACUUUUUUGGUAAAGGAUGUGACAUUACAUUCCCACUUACUUUGUUGUAAUUUAUUUUUUCUAUAUUUCAGUAUUAUGAUCCCACACUUGGUAAGUACCAAUACAUUAAUUAAUAUACUGUAUCUGUCAAGUUAAGUUUUUGUCACAGAUCUAUUCCAUGGCUAAAUGCAUGGUUAUAUUCCUUGCACCAUGGGCCAAAUAGAUAUGUGACAAUGGAAAGCUUUAUGUCAAGUAGGUGAAGGGGGUUGUAUAAUGGUCUAUUAUAAUCAGUCUAUUAAUGGUGGAAUCUUGUAAUUAAUUGUUGUGUUUGCUGUAAGAAACACUCACUAAACUCACUAUUACCUUCUUUCCACAAUGUUGACACAAAAAACAACCUUGCCUUGGGAAUUUAGAAAAUUCAAAAAAUCCUUGCAGAAUGUAGUUUGCUGCCAAUUGUUAAUUUUCCACUGACAUUUUUUGAAAAAAAUGCAGGAAAUAUUAAUAAAAUCUAAGAAAGGAGAAGAAUUAAGACUACAUGUAUGUUCACACAAGAUGAAUUCGAAACUGAACACAAACUUGCCCUGGUCAAUCACUUGUCAGGGUUCGUAUAGGUCAUGAGAAUCUGGAAAUGAAGUCAUGGAAUUUCAAUAUUUCAAAACCCAGGCCUGAAAAUCCUGGAAAAUCUGUUUUACUUCUGGAAAAUUGAAAUUUUACAGUAACAAAGUUCUUUCCUUAUUUCCUGUUUACCAGUCAUACCAAAAACAUAAAUUGCAUUUAUUUAUUUUGUGAGAAAAUUGUGAAUGGUGAGUUUCUAUAUCUGCAAUGCUUGACUAGUGUUUCCACUGGAUAUUUGGCCUUGGCCAGGUCAUGGAUUUUUGAAAAAAUGGUUGUGGAGAGUCAUUGAAAAGUCAUGUAAUUUUAAAUCGAAUAAGCUGUACAAACCCUGACAAGUGACCUGUUCAUAUGGGUAUUGGACUAUUGAUAAUAAUUCCUACAGUCGGCUGUCUUGGAAAUUUGAGUACAGAAUUCAUAUUCUUAGAUUCCCCUUGUGGAUAGUGUGGAGCAACUAAAUUCAUCUUAUGUUUUUUUAUCUUUUUAAUUUUCUAGAGGAAACGUACCAAAAAGAGGUUAGUAAUACAGUAUGAUGCCAACAUAUCCUCCAUAUUGAAAUGUCAUUGUUACCAUGGCAACAGCAGUUAGUUGGUUUUGAUGUUAACUCAUUAGAUGUUAUUUUAUAUAAGUAAGAAUGUAAGAUAGUAAUAACUGUUUAAAAUACGGAUCUAAAUCGUAAAAUUUACCAUAAUUUAAAAAACCUAAGCCACCUUAAGUUCUCAUACAUGCAUGUAAAAUGGAACUUUUGAUUGAAAAAUCAUGAACUUACCAGGGUCUUAGCUAGGAGGCCGUGUUUCCACGGCAAGAUAAAACAAACACAGUUUCAUUAUUAGUAUGUAAAGCCGUAUAGUUACUACCCAAGCACCCCCGCGCGCUCGCUCAGCCACUGAUCUAUAUAAAAAACUGUAGUGUUGCUGUUUUUUAGUACGUUAUUUGCGCCUGGGUACGAGGCUGGUACAGUGUAUGUUACAAAAUUAAUGUUUGUUGCAAAUUGGUAAAAGUGAUCCGUGAUGUUUUUUACUGUAUGUUUUGAUGUACAGUACAUGGUAAUGGUACCGUCGGUACCUUUAAAUGCCCCCAAGAGUUGCUAAAAUAUCGUGUUGUAAUGUCAGUGCGGAAUAUGAGCGUGUGCUCGCCUUCUCCAGUAUUUGGUUGUAAAGCAUGCAAUGUUGAACAGGCAUUAAAGGAAUACCGAAUGGUUUUCCGUGCAGGAUUGCGUGAUCCAUGCACGCGGGAUGGAAAAAGCUCAAGCCGUCAGGCGAGAGCUUUUUUACGCUUUCCGAAAGUCGAGAAACAUCCCAAUUAAGUGCAUACAUGGAUCACGCAAUGCUGCAAGAAAAACCAUUCGGUAAUUGUUUUAUAAAAUAACUACAGUGAAACAAUGGUGAGGUUAAUUCACUCUCAGUCUGUAGUUAUUGUAAACCUUUGUUCACUGUUUUGGUAACCUUGCCGCUCGUUUAAUAUACUGAUAUUGUUUAUUUCACGCAUUGAAAUGUUUUCGUUGUCCGACAUAUUGAAAACCCCGAAGAAGGCAUUUAAGUUUUCCGUGCAGGACAAGGGCGGAUUUUCAUUUUUUUUUAAAGGAGGGGUAGAAAAAUUUCUGGUGGGGUGCAAACGGCACCACUGAGCGAGCUUCGAUAGGGGUUAGGCGUUAAGGUUAAAGACUUUCAAACAAAAUAGGAGGGGUGAAGCAAAAUUUUGGUGGGGUUGAACACCAGUAAAUCCGCCCAUGACUAUGGUAUUGACCAAUCAGAUUGCUUGUUUCACUGUAGUUAUUAUAUAAAGACUAUUGUUGGCGAGCAUAACUAGAACCAUAUUUCCGGCUAUUUUGGGUAAUUGACAUGUACACACCAUGGAAAUUUAGAAACACUUCCAAAAUCUAAACACUCCUAAAAUCCUAGAAACUUACAAAUUGUCUUUUUAUUUCUUUAGAUUGAAUAUGCUGGUCGUUUAUACGACAUUGAAAUAGUUGACACCGCAGGGCAAGAGGAAUUCUCGUCAUUCCGUGACUCCUCCCUCGCUACGGGAGAUGCUUUUCUUAUAUUGUUUGCAAUCAACUCUCAAGCAAGCUGGCUUGAAAUGAAAGAACUACGAAGUAAAAUUAUCGAAGAUAAAGAGCAGCCCAGUAUUCCAAUGGUUAUUGUUGGCAAUAAACGGGUGAGACAGCCUUUACUACCUCUGGAGAUUUUAGGGGCUGAUUACAUGGAGCGAUUUCAUCCUGGUCUGAGUUUGAUUUUCAUAAUUACAUGGGCAAUUUCAAUUUGAUUCAGCCCGGGUAAAUUUAUCGCAUGUAAAUUUAUCGAAAUUUGAUAAAAACACUACAACGCAUGCGUGUAAGGAGUUUCAGCCCGGGCUGAAGUGAUUACUAACUUCUUAUUAACCGAACGCGAGGUCUGUUCAGAACUUCAGAGAAAUAUCGGACCGGGGUCUUUCUUGUACAAACCGAGCCCGUAGGGCGAGGUUUGUACAAAAAGACUGAGGUCCGAUAUUUCUCUGUACAUACCGAGCAUGCGAGGUUAAUAAUAUUAUAUGGCAUUUAUACUUGAAACAAACAAGAAUUGCAUGAUUUGAAAUGCAUAUUAGUAGCGUGGUACACAUUUGGUAGAAGAAAACAAAAAGUACCAAUGUAUUCGUUCUUUUCCACUAAAAACCAUUCGCAGAUAUCUUAUUAACAAAUUAAAUUAUAAUUUUCAAUUAGUUUUGCCGUUUUGUUUUAAAAUGCAUGCGUUUGUUUUUACGUAAUACGUAAUGGACCGCCGCUCCAUUACGGGAAAAUAAUGGAGCGCUGAAAGUGCUUCUCAGCCAAUCACAGUCCGCCAUUUAACCGGAAGUGAUGCUUGCCAUAUAAUAAAUGGGAAGAAUGAUAUUUUUGUGUGUGUUGGUGUUAUGUACUCAGGUGAAUAUGAUUUUUGUGGUGUUACUCGGAGUGUGCAUCCACACCAGGCAAACUGAAAAGUUUGCCUGACCAUGGUGGGAAUUGAACCCUCGUAGCUCAGUUGGUAGAGCAUUGGACUAAUAUCCCAAAUGUCGCGGGUUCGUUUCCCACCGUGGUCAGGCAAACGUUUCAGCUUGUCCAGUGUGGAUGCACACUCAGAGUAACACCACAAACAUCGUGGGAAGAAUUUCAGCCCGGGCUGAGUUUUCAGCCCGGGCUGAAAUUCUUGUCAUGUAAUCGCGCGCGGGAUUUUAUUGGGAUUUAUUGUUAAAGCCUGGCUGAAUUUUCAGCCUGGAUAGCUGGGCUGAAAUCGCUCCAUGUAAUCAGCCCCUUAAUAGGCAAUACUAGAUUCUCCUUAUUAUGUUUUCGUAGCGCUUUGCAUUGUGGUUGUAGUGGUAUCACUGAUAUUCAAGGUGACUUUUUUUUUUGUCCUGACCCGUACAAAAACUUUUAAAAAAAGCUAGUGUCAGGUGCGCGAUAGCUAACAACAAAAUAUUCGCGAAAACAUUCAAUAUUUUCAUUCGAGGCCGCUAUCUUUAUCAGUGAUACCACUAUAACCACAAUGCAAAGCGCCGCGAAAACGUAAUAAGGGGAAUCAUCAAUUCCAGCUUUUAAAUUAUGCGCGCAGGGGAUGAUGGGAAGUAAGGUAUCAUAUGGCUGAUUAUGCUGAAAAUGUUCAAUAAAACUGCCGAAACAACCGAAAUAUUCCAAUAUUUACAAGUAUAAGCUGUCACUCCGUGUCCACACGCCGUCGCCAUUUUUAUUUUUUCAGCAUAAUCAGCAAUAUGAUACCUUACUUCCCAUCGCCCCCUGCACACAUAAACUAAAAGCUGGAAUUGCCUAUACUGAAGUUAAUAGUUAAUUUUACUCUUUUCAUGCGCUGGUACUGUAGAUUACAAUACAUGUACAUGUACCACAGUGGUAUAACUAUUUUUACAACUUGCCAUCAGAGCAAGUUCAACGUGAAAAUUGGUUUCCCGGAAUAAAGUUCACUUGUCAUCUACAGUUGUCUAGUUUUGCCCGCACAUAUUAACAACAUUUGAAGCAAAUGAUUGCAUUAAGGAUUCAUUAAGCACCAUUCGAAUAUCAUGUUUUCCUUAACAAAUCCAAUUGAAGACUUACAGUAAAGUGUUGAUUUCAGCUGCUUUAUUUAUUUACUAAAAAAAUACAAAACAAAAUGCAUACCACAAAAAAGCAAUGUCAGAAAAAUGCAUACAGUACCAUAAACAAGCAAACAAUUUUAGUGCAGCACUUAGGUUCUAAGAACAGCAACUUCUACUUGCCCGUAAUGUUUUUUACCUGGGCAAGCGCUAAGUUACACCACUGCCACAAUAGUUAGAUUUUGUUAUGUAGUACAAACCGUUGCUCAAAAUGCUUUGCAGCAUUUUUUAUUCAGUGUACUGUGUACUGUAUAUAUUGAAGAUCUCUACAUACAGAAUAAUGCAUCGCACGUCAGCCGUUAGAGAAUGUUGUGUUGUUGAGGGAAAUGGUGAAAAUGGUAGAGAUUUUCUUAAGCCGCGGUUUUCCACUAGGCAAAUUUGUUUGCGCCAAUUGAAUCGAGAGAAAAAUUGAUGCAAUACGAUUAAUAGUUAGCGAAAAAUUCGUCGCAGAGAAAUAGGAACCGACCCCAAUUCUCCGCUGCGCGCAAAUUUUCACUCAUCAAUUACAUUGUCGAAAUUUGUUUUCGAUUCAAUUCGGCAAGCAAAUACGCUUACAAAAUUAGAUUUAUAUUAAUUAAACAAUCAUUGGGAAUUCUUUAAGACAGUAGGAACUAAUAGGAAAAUAAUCAACACUUGACGUCAGAUUCUGCCUCCUCCGCAGGCCCUCGUUGCGUCAUGGGAAGGUCACACACAAUCUGGCGAGGGCCUGCGGAAUUUUGUAAAAAAAUGGCGCCGGCGUCACGUCAGCAAAUAAAUUUAUACAUAAUCUUGAAAACAAACAGGAUAUAAAUAAGCGGCGUGAAACUUGUAAAUUAAAAUGGCCCAACGAAAAUGAAAAACAGUAAAAGUAAUAAGUGUUUACGUGUAAAAUAUUUUUUAUCAGUUUUGUUUUUAAAAUUUCUUUCGCUUUUACCAUUUAUUCAUUUUACAGGAUUCCACAGGCCCUCUCGAAAUCGUGACCUUCCCAUGACACAACGAGGGCUUGCGGAGGAGGCAGCGUCAGAUUGCCGAGGGAGGACUGGAUUAAAAACUGUGUUUGUGUCAGUUUUCGGUAAUCUUCAACACAUCUGACAAAACAUAAGAUUUUUAAAGUUUUUUGCUUCCUUGCACGAGCGCUAUGAUGCGAAAUGCCGCCAAAAUUAGUUCUACCAAUUUCCGGGUGACGUCCGUGUUGGCAAAAAUGUCGCUUGCUUAAGCUCCAGGUGAUCUGACGGACUGACGGUGAGCAAAAGGACUGGGACUAGCAACAGAAUAGAAAUCCAGUUUCAUACCUUUAAUCACUUGUCACACCCUGAUUCUUUUGUGAAACUGUUUGAUACCUGCCUCGUACCCAGGCGCUUUAAAUAAUUACAAUACAUGAAGUAUUCAGGUAGGCAGGCGACGCACGAAGGGGCUGUUGGGAAGGGUCUCGCAUUUCAAGUGCACUCUUCCCAUCAGCCCCUUCGCCCAUCUCUCCCCACUGCAAUACUUCAUGUAAACUCGUCAUAUGCGCAUCACUGUUUUUUUACAAAGAGGCGCCUGCGUACGAGACAGGUUUGAUACUUUGUGCCUAUUAUGUAUUUUUACCGCGCAUUUUCAACAUAACGUCAUGCGUGAUACAUUACAUUCACUAGAGAACUUGACGUCAUUCUUGCGCGUCAUUGCCAUUGAGUCGUAACGUCAAUUUUUCUCACGCCUCUGUUGAUGUUAUUUAGGAUUUAGAAGACGAGCGAGAGGUCGAAAGUGACGAAAUUCUGGAAUAUUGCAAUUCCUUCUCUAUUCCCUAUAUUGAAACAUCCGCUAAGGUGAGUAAUGAAAAAUAAAUAGCUGCCGUAGUUUAUUUACUAAUUUACUUUAUUAUUGUUAUCACUUAUUUAUUUUUUGAAUAGCGUAAAUGGGGUUGCUUAGACUCGUUUCAUACGCCGUACUUCACAUGUGGUGAAUUCAAUUCAAGAAUUACUGUAGGUACAGUACGGCAAAAGUUCGGACGACAUUCAGACGGCGAACUUUACAUGUGCCGAAUUAAAUGCAUAACUAAUUGAUAAUUAAAAUGGUUAGUUUUUCAAAAAAACAUUAUGUUUUAACCCAACCACCCCAGACAAAUUACUGUUAGUUCACCGGAAUAGAAUAUGCCGUUAGAAUCCAACUGCCGUACCGAAUUCACACGAAACGGGUCUUACUGAUUCUGCCGUAAAUUGAUGCGAACUUCCAGGGCAACAGUAAAUAAAUAUAUAACAUCAAUAGGAAUGAACUUUGUCGGGCAUCCGCAGACAGGGGGUGGCCUAAUAAAUUUCUUUCUUCAGCUUCAUAGAGGAUUUACUGUAAACUAUUGAUUUGAGAUCAGUAUACUGUACAUGGUCUGCCUCGUCCCCAGGCGCUAAUAAAAAAAAUUUCAUGCGAGUCACUAUAUGAAAAGUUUACAUGAAGUAGUGCGUCACAUUCUAGGCGCGCAAAGGGGAGUGGGAUGUAACCCCCUGCGCUUGUUCAUCGCGAUGCACUACUUCAUGUAAAUCUUUCAUAUAGUGACUCGCAUGAAAUUUUUAAUUAGCGCCUGGGGACGAGGCAGGUACAUGGUCGUAUAUAACACAUAAACGCUAUGUAUAUAAUUGGAAAAACACUUCGAAAUUUCACAGGGUUCCCACGGUUCUCUAGAAGAGAGCUCUUGAAUUUUAAAAGCGAAAUCCUGUUCCUGAUGGAUAUGUCCUUGAAACGUAAGAGAUUUUGGGCUGAUAUUGUUUAAGAAUUUCUAAUCAACAGCUUAUUGUAGCAAAAUAUAAUACUAUUAUCUCUAAACGUAGCUUUGCUGACGAAUUUGCUGGCUGGCAAUGAAAACCUCUUAUUCACAAUGUAUUGUGGCAGGGCUUUCAAAAUAACCCGGCGGCCGCCGGAGCUCCGGCGGGUGGCACGAGGUUUACCGCCGGUUACUUUGUUUAGUAUUUGAAACAUUAAUUCUGCUCUCCUUCCUCCAUUCUAAGCUUUCAAACAAAGUUAUUUUUCCUCAACUCAGUCUAUACUUUAAAGUCUGAUUAUUUUCGAAAACGACGUACUAUUUCGUUAAACUGAUUUAGUUAUUUGCCACCUUAUUGUCGAUUUCGUGUCACUUUUCAACGCGCGGUUGCCAAGUUUGUUGGAAACUUGUCGAUUCUGUUUCCAAGUUCAAAUAUUGGGCGUGAACUUUGCAACAAAGAUCGCAACUACGUUUCAAUGUUUGAACUAUUGUAAACAAAUGUUCAUAUAGUUCAAGUUGAAAUUAACAAUUCAAUGGAAAGUUCUUGGUCGAGUUGGCUACCAAAAGGUUUGUAUUUCAUUGAAUUGGUUAUUAUUAUUGAGUAUGAAAUUUCGCGCCCAAUUUCCGAACUUGGAAACAUAAUUGGCAAGUUCGCAACGAACUUGGGAACCGCGCGUUGAAAAGUGACGUUGAAAAUUGACAAUAAAUCUUGUUGAAGAAUGAAAGUAGUGAUACAUCAUAAUUUGUGUUGUGUUGCUAUCUAAUCAAUGUAUCUAGACGGUCCCUUCCCUACAGCCACAUACUUUAUCAAAACAGACACCUACUCUGAAUAAUUCUGAAAGCCCUGAUUGUGGAUUACGUUUCGAUUCCAAGCUAUAUUGUUUCGUGUGCACUCAAGCAAAUUCGGGAAGUGGCUGUUGCUCUAUAAUACGAUUUCUGUUUGUGUAUUCUUCAGAACACUAAUAAUGAUUUUCCUGUGCCAUGCAAAAUUCAUUAUGUAAAUUAUUUAUCUCAAACUUGAACUGGAAUAUUUGAUAUUUUGUGCACUCCAUCUAUAACGUGUACUGUACUUACACAAAGCAAGAAGCCUCAUUAAUAGAAAGGUGGUCUGUGAGGAGACGUUCGACUGUUUAAGGAGACACUGGGCAUUGGGCUAGCUAGAGAAAGAUAUUUUUCCGUUUUUGACAAAAUUGAUUUUAUUUGUUGGUAUUUAUCUCAAAAUCUCGCCAAGUGUGGGUUGUCCCAGAAAGGAAAUCAUCAUACAACCAUUUCUGUUUUGUUCUAGACUGGUUUAAAUGUCCAAGAAGCUUUCCAACUGAUAUAUGGUCAGAUCCACAGGCUACAAGCUCAUAUGCUUGAAAGAACUUUAUCAAAAAAACCAACAAAAGGCAGAAGGAAGGAUUGCAAGAUAGUUUAAUAUUUCUCGUAUUUAAAAGACACAGACAAUUCCUAUAGGUUUUAGUUUUUAUACUACUGAUUUUAAAGGUGGAUUUUUGAAUCAACUAUAAUAGCUAGCUUAUAUUAUCUUAUUUUAAGAGCUUGCUAAUAUUUAAAGCAAGAAAAGGAUUUAUUUGAAAUCCACAUAUUGUAGUAUCUUAUUUUAAGAUGUUUUAAAUAUAUAAAUUGAAAAACACAAGAAGUAAUUGGUAUUUUUUUUCCAAACUGUUUUUGAAUCCUAAUAAGUUCUUUGUAUGUUUGCAUGGCGAUAAAACAUAUAAUAGUUUUGUUUGUGGAAACACCACGUAAAUUUAAUACUGCAAUUUUUUAUUAGCACUGAUGAAGAUCCGGGCUUACGGAUCGAAAGCGAAGCGUUUCCACAAACAAAACUAUUAUAUGUUUUGAAUCCUAUUUAGAGGUCGUGUCCAGUCGCCACCCC